AUGCACCAGACAUCGUCGCGUCUCCUCCGCAUGACGGAUGAUGAUCGGCCGUUUACCAAGGAUUUUAAGGAUCUCUUCUCGACCCUGGUCGUCAGUCUUCUUCCACUUAGUGCCCACAGAGUACGGUUAACGAAGGUUGAACAUACCUUCCUCUCCGAAGAUGCCAUCAAUAAUCUCGGCUCUUUGAAGUUCUCGCAGUCCAACCGUAUGCCUGAUCCCAAGGACCCCACAAGAAUCGUCACGACGACGACCACGACCACCUUCUCCAUGGCUAGGGAUAUGGCCAGGGCAAUUUGCCAAAGGUUUCUAGAUGCGAGGUUUAUCGAGUCAGCAGACGGCAGGCUCCAGCAGGUGUAUUCGCCAAAGGGAUCGGUAUGGCAGCUUACUCCUAAGGGAAUCACCAUCCUAGACCGAUUCUGUGCGAGGAACGGCAUCCAGCAGAAGCACGUUCAAGAACUUGUUGGCAACAGUGCGACGCAGUUGGUUAUUCUCGAGAGGAACACCAGCACAGACAAACUCGUCACGGAUAGGGGUACGAUUGAGGUGAUUUUCAGGAGGUUUGUCGGGACCCAGGGCUUCAAUAUCAAACCCAACAUCAGCUCGGCGGAUUCCGACUCCCUAAAUGAGUAUCGUGAUGGUGUCACCGGUGUCAAGAUGGCUAGCGAGCGCAAAGUCAACGGGAAAAUAUUCAAGGACACCUUCACAGGGAAGGCGGCGUGCGACUGGCUCAUGGACUGCUGCACAACGGUAGAUCGCAGGGAGCCCAUUGAGGUCGCAACCCUCUUUGUAGCCUACGACCUCAUCGAGACUAUCGUGCAGGACCGGGCCUACAUGGCGCAGAACCCCAGCGCAACCCAGUUCCAGCCUACAAAGCACGCCAUCUACCAACUAUCCACCAAGGGCAAGGAGGUCAUCAACGGCAGCGGUUCCCGCGGAAGGUCGUCAGAUAGCGAAGCCGUACCGCAGACGCGGAACGUGAUUGCCCGAGACUCGAACACCCAACGCCUUGACAAGAUCCUUAGUGACCCCGCUCUACGACUCUUGUUCCGCGAGAACCUGCGUGAGACGCAUUGCGAGGAGAACCUCUCUUUCUACGUUGACGUGGAGGAGUUCGUAGAAGCCUGCCGUUAUGCCGUACGUGCAGCACAGAAGAACCCAUCGUCCAGUGCCAUGGACGGAGUCAAGGAAAUCAUGGCGCAGGCGUACGGUAUUUACAACGCCUUCCUAGCUCCCGGAUCGCCGUGUGAGCUCAAUAUCGAUCACCAACUGCGAAACAACUUGGCCAUGCGCAUGACUAAGGCGGUGGGUCAGGAUUCUGCCAUGAUCGACACUCUCAAGGAGGUUACAACCCUUUUCGAGGAAGCCCAGAACGCGGUAUUCAAGUUGAUGGCUAGUGACUCCGUACCAAAGUUCCUCCGCAGCCCUAAGUACGAGUCGACGCUCAGGCACUACGAUUUCGAUUCAAUACUCCCGGGGCGAGCACCAGAGCGAAGCCUAAGCCGAUCGAAUCGCAGCUAA